AUGGAUCAAGACAAAUCAUUUAUAACAGAAUUCCACGAAGUCUACCGGCGUCAUCCGGCCCUGUGGAAUACUAAAAGUGAUUUGUCUAAAAACAAACACCUAAAGAAACUAGGUAUUGAGGAUUUGAUAAAGUUAUGCCAAGGUAAAUGCAAUGGGGCUGAUGAGGCAUUUGUAAAGGGCAAAAUAAAUAAUUUACGCACUGCGUAUAGAAGAGAACUUAACAAAGUUCGGCUAUCUAAAAGUACAGGUUCUUCUGCUGAUGAUAUUUAUGUACCAUCGUUAUGGUACUUUGACUUAAUGGCUUUUACUGCGGAAUAUGAGGUUGGCAGAAAGGAUCCUAAAAAAGCACAUAUAUAUAAUGUGGAAGAAUUUGUUGUAUUUCCAAGUCCAUGUUUCCAAACCCAUGAAGAAUCUGGUUCGAUGGAAUGUUUUGAUAAUGAGAUAGAUAAUGACAUAGAUCAACCUUCCUGCUCUGCAAAAGACCUUCCAGAACUCAACAACGAAGUAUAA